AUGGCACAAGCCGCCAAGCAGCUCCGCAAGAACAAGGACCUAGCGGAGGCCGCCGCCCAGGAGCUCAAGGAGAAGGAGGAGGAGAAGAACAAGAAGAGGAAUAAGUCGAGGGACCGCAGGCGCAAGCUGGUCACCGAGGAGAGCGUUUCCGCGAUCACCACCGAGAAGCACCGGAUGAGUUUCCCCGAGACGGUGGACGAGGUCCUCGACGUCUCGGAGGAUGAGGGCGUUGCGCAGCUAACCUUAGGGGACGAGCUGUUGGGGAGCGGCGCUCGCUACCUGAAGCUUGACGACCUCAAGGACCAGGAUGACGACUUCCUGUCUCCUAAGAAGAGCAUGAGAGACUUUGAGAGCGGCCUGGGCACCACGCCCUACUCUCCUGCCAUACCCAGAAUCCCUUGCGUGUCCCCCCGAGCUUCUCUCGUUUCCCAGCACACCCCUGUUCCCCUCCCGAAGGAGUACGACGACGACUCCCUGAUCCCCAGCAGCCCCGCCACGGAGACGUCCGACAACGUCAGCCCGGUGGCCAGCCCCAUACACACGGGGUCAGUCAGGACUUUCAUGGUGGAUGCGCGAGGGGGCUCCAUGAGAGGCAGCCGGCACCACGGCCUGCGCGUGAUCAUCCCCCUCGGACCUGCCGCCGCCCCCACGCGCAUCACCUGCCGCCUGGUCAAGCCCCAGAAGCUCACCACCCCGCCCCCGCUGGUGGAAGGGGAGGGCUUUGCCAGUCGCAUCAUCUCCCUGGGCCCGUCCAGUAUGCAGUUCUUAGGGCCGGUCGUGGUGGAGAUUCCUCACUUUGCCGCCCUGGGCCGAGGGGACAGGGAGCUGGUGGUCCUUCGCAGCGAGAACGGAUCGGUAUGGAAGGAGCAUCGCAAUCGGUACGGCGACGAGGUGCUGGAGACCAUUUUGAACGGCAUGGAUGAAGGUCAGUGGACGAAUGGGUACAUUUGCUGUACCUGGAAGAGCGACGAGGAGCUGGAGAAGAAAAGAAUCCGCCGUAUCACCACAGACUUCCCCCUCUACUUCGCCGUGGUGUCGCGCGUCCAACAGGAGAGCGACCUGAUAGGCCCCGAGGGCGGUCAGCUGACCAGCAAACUGGUCCCUCAAGUCCAGGCCAUCUUCCCAGAGACGGCAGUCACCAAGAGAGUGAGACUAGGGCUUCAGGCUCAGCCAAUCCCUGACGAGCUGCUGACUCGACAGCUGGGCAACCAGGCGACCUUCAGUCCCGUGGUCACCGUGGAGCCGCGCAGACGCAAGUUCCACCGGCCAAUCGGCUUGCGGAUCCCGCUGCCCCCGUCUUGGAGGGAGAGCGUGCGUGACGCCGGGGAGGGGGACACCACCAGCCUGCGCCUCCUCUGCAGUGUCAUCGGCGGAACCGCGCCGGCCCAGUGGGAAGACAUCACAGGCACCACUAAGCUGAUGUACGCCAACAACUGCGCCAACUUCACCACCAACGUGUCUGCAAGGUUCUGGCUGGCAGACUGCCCGCGCACAGCAGAGGCGGUGACCUUUUCCAACCUGCUGUACCGGGAGCUGAUGGCCGUGCCCUACAUGGCCAAGUUUGUGGUGUUCGCCAAGAUGAACGAGGCGCGCGAGGGCCGCCUGCGCUGCUACUGCAUGACCGACGACAAGAUGGACAAGACCCUGGAGCUGCACGAGAACUUCAGCGAGGUGGCCCGCAGCCGCGACAUAGAGGUGAUGGAGGGCAUGCCGCUGCACCUGGAGUGUUCCGGAAACCUGGUGCCUGUGAGGAAAGCCACCCAGCAGCCUCGCAGCUUCAGCUUCCAAGCCUUCCGAGAUAACCGCCUGCCCGUCUCCGUCAAGGUCCGAGACAGCAACAAGGAAGCUUCUGGAUUCCUGUCUUUUCUGCGCAAGUCCACCAAGUAUGAGGAUGUACAGCACGUGCUGUGUAACCUCAACAUAACCAUGCCACCCUGUGUCAAGGUGGUGGGUAGCGAGGAGCGUCGGCGAACCUUGACCCCGCUGGCUCUGAGGGAGCGCUACAGCGCGCUCAACGAGCCCGGUCUGGCUACAGUCAACGCCAUGGAGAGGACUGAACUCAAGAUCUCCCUCAUCUGUGAACAGCUAGGACUGAGCUGGGCAGAGCUGGCGCGGGAGUUGCAGUUUGGAGUGGACGACAUCAACAGGAUCCGGGUGGAGAACCCUAACUCCCUGCUGGACCAGAGCUCCGCCCUGCUCAACCUGUGGGCCGGCAGAGAGGGCAAGAAGGCCAAGAUGGAGAGCCUAUACGGGGCUCUGAAGAACAUCGACCGCUCGGACAUCGUCGGCUCCCUCGAGGGCCAGCCUCCACAGCCAGGGGGCGGGGCCAGCGAGGAGGGCGCCUGCCGACUGUCCAUUCGAGACUCCACCCUGCUCUCGCCCAGUAUAAUCAAUGAAGUCACGGAAACAAGGCAACCACGCAUAGUGCACAAGCCCAGAGUUAUUAGACACCCAUUUUUCAGAAGGGGUUACGGGCUGGUUCAGGAGGAGCUGCUCUCCCCGGCCUCCAUGCACUACAGCCUGCCCUCCCCGCUGGGCGCCGAGCCCUACUGGCAGGAGGUGUCCAGCCUGGAGUGCGCCCCCAUCGCCACCACCGAGGAGGACACGCUGAUGGAGAUGUCGGACGUGCAGGUGUGGCCCCUGGGAGUCAGCCCCUCGCUGGUGACGGUGGAGGACUCGUCCCUGGACGGCAGCAGCCGGGCGGACGACUCCGAGGGAGCCGCCCUGUCGCUGCCCUGCAGCCUGGGGCGCCCCAGCUCUGGGGCCAGCGGGGCCAGCGGCUCCAUCAUGGAGCUGGAGGAGGAGGAGGAGGAGGAGGUGGAGGAGGAGGAGGAGACUCAACAGGAGCCGGGGCUGGCAGGUGACAGGGAGAGGGUGAGGGCCAGCGGGGCGGUGCCCAAGGUCAACCUGAACGGCCAGCUGGGAAGUCAGAGGUCAGAGGGCAGAAGGGUGGAGGCCAUGGCGGCGGCGGCCGGCGUGAUCGGAGGAGGAAGAGGAGGCAGAGGAGAAGGAGGAGGAAGAGUAGGGCUGGGCUCAGAGGAAGGGCUUUCUGUUGUUGCAGGGCAGAAAGUGUACGCCCAGCUGUGUGAGAUGUCAGGACUGAGCCGGGCCAUGGAGCACAACGGAGACAACAGGGUGGUGGGCGGAGGUGCGUUCCAGCCGUACCUACCAGACAAGGACUCGCUGCACGGCUGGGUGGGGUCGCAGCAGGCCAGGCCCCGGCUGAUGUCAUCAGGCCGCGACGGCGGCGUGCCGGGCUUGCGCGUGGCCCAGGAGGCCCUGCUGACACCGAGAGAAGAUAAGCAGGACUAUGCCGCAGAGAUUCUAGGAGAGGAACAGUUUGUAGAUGAACAUGGAAACGUUGUCACUAGGAAGGUAGGGGUGGAUGUGAGGAGGGGCACUCAGUCAGUGAAGCGCACCAGUCUGCGGAGAGUAAAACACUGAAUCACGCAUACCCAGUCCUCAAGGACCGGACAUCCACUGCCAAACCAACCACAAAAACACACCCAGGGGAUAGAGGGAAGUGAAGGAGAGGUGGAGAGAAGAAGAGAGAGACUAACGAGUUGAAAUGAACACAAACACAAAACCAUCCUCAGAAGGACCAUGGGGCACCCCUCUAAAGGAAAAAAAGAAAAGAAAAAAGGGGUCAACUUGUAGUUUUGUAACAUUUUUAAUGAAAAGAUAUACCACUAGUAU